AUGUCUUCGAUGACCAUAACUAUGAGAAGCGGUUCCAACGCGUCGUCGAGUAAUCAUCCGUACUCUUCAGCAAAUGGCGGAUCAAUGAAUGAUAUGAUGUCUUCGUUUAGUUUGAGUGAUUUGACGCCCGAAGAGCAGCAGCUGUUGUCUGAGAUCAGGCGCCGGAAGACUGAUCUGAUGACCGAAAUCCAACAGUUGAAGGACGAGAUCUCUUCCGUCACACAAGAGAUGUCUAGACUUGAAGUGAACGACGAGACAAAAGUGAACACAAAAGAGAAACAGCGAUCGAUCGGCAAAAAGAGGUUUAAUAUGGACCCCAAGAAAGGCAUUGAAUACCUCAUCAACAAUGGUCUGAUGAACAACACUCCCGAAGCCGUGUCUCAGUUCCUGUUCAAUGGCGAAGGCCUUAAUAAGACGGCGAUUGGCGUGUAUUUGGGCGAAAAGAUUGAUUUCAAUCUUCUAGUGUUGGACUCAUUCGUUGAAUUGCAUGACUUCACGAAUUUGAUUCUCGUUCAGGCGUUGCGACAGUUCUUGUGGUCGUUUCGACUGCCAGGAGAGGCCCAGAAGAUCGACAGAAUGAUGGAGAAGUUCGCCGCCAGAUAUUGCCAACAAAACCCGGGGGUCUUCAGCAACACUGACACGUGUUAUGUACUGAGCUUUUCAAUAAUUAUGUUGAAUACAGCGCUUCACAAUCCGUCCGUCAAAGACCGGCCGACUGUCGAUAAGUUCAUUACAAUGAAUAGAGGCAUCAAUAAUGGCGGAGAUCUGCCCAAAGAAUUGCUGCAAUCGCUGUACGAAAGCAUAAAACAGGAACCGUUCAAAAUCCCAGAAGACGACGGCAACGACUUAAUGCACACGUUCUUCAAUCCGGACAGAGAGGGGUGGCUCUGGAAACAGGGCGGACGAUACAAGAGUUGGAAGAGACGCUGGUUUAUACUUAACGACAAGUGUUUGUAUUACUUCGAGUACACCACCGAUAAGGAGCCGCGGGGUAUCAUUCCCUUAGAAAACGUACAAAUCCGGGAAUAUAGCGAACGCACGUCCAAACCCUAUUGCUUUGAGCUCUUCUCAGCCGCCGGACAUUCGGAGGUGAUUAAGGCCUGUAAGACCGACGCCGACGGAAAGGUGAUCGAAGGCCGGCACACCGUUUACCGCAUGUCCGCCGCCACCGCCGAAGAGAAGGACGAGUGGGUCAAAGGUAUCAAAACAAGUAUCAGUCAUAACCCUUUUUAUGACAUGUUAGCCGCGCGUAAACGUAAGGCUCAACACCACUGA